UCUUCCGGGCGGAUGUGGGAUAUAACGGAGUCGUCGUUCUUACCGGUGGGUGACGUACACUGGGGCUUCGAUGUGUGGCGAAGUUUCGGCUUGAAAACUACGAGAGGCUGAGGCUUUGCCCGGGUGACUAGGCCUGAGGCCUCCGUACGGGUCACGGGCGCUCGGGGCAGGCGGGUGCGGGAUAAUACCGGUGCGAGGCGCGGAUGGUGUGCGGAGAGUCUCUUACGUACCCGGUGUGUAUGAUGUCAUGCGGUACCGGCCGGAGCCGCGCUUCGGGUCGCCGGACUGGUCGGGACUCUCUUCGGGGCGGGUGACGGAUGGUUACCACACGGACACCGAGACAGAUUCGCCUUUACAUUCAUCAAUAAAAAUGGAAAGUACGGAUUCACCUGGGAAAGGAAGCUCUGAACAGUCAGACUCUCAACGCCAAAGUCAGAUGGACCGUCUGGACAGAGAAGAAGCUUUCUAUCAGUUUGUGAAUAACCUAAAUGAAGAGGACUACCGAUUGAUGAGGGAUAAUAACUUAUUAGGAACUCCAGGGGAAAUUACUAAAGAAGAAUUGCUGAGAAGGCUGCAGCAGAUUAAAGAAGGACCACCUCAACCCAAUGCUGAAAACAGAGCUUCUACAGGGGAGCAACCUGAAGACUCUUCCAAUGGAGAUUCAAUAAUCGACUGGCUGAAUUCAGUCAGACAGACUGGAAAUACAACAAGAAGUGGCCAACGGGGAAACCAGUCAUGGAGGGCAGUGAGCAGAACAAAUCCCAAUAGUGGGGAUUUUAGGUUUAGUUUGGAAAUAAAUGUGAAUCGUAGUGCUGCUAACCAAAAUAUGCCCUCAGCAGAGCAGUCCUCUGAAGCCAAUGGAGCUGAAGAUAUGGAAGUUGGCAGUCAGGGUGAGGUGGAACCAGAGCCUGAGCAAGAGCCUGAACCGGAGCCUGAGCAAGAGCCUGAACCGGAGCCUGAGCAAGAGCCUGAACCGGAGCCUGAACCAGAGCCUGAACCGGAGCCUGAACCAGAGCCGGAGCCUGAACCAGAAAUUGCACCUCCAGUUGUGGUACAAGAGCAAGUAGUUACAGAGGAGCCAAGUCCUCAGAGAGGUCAAAGGAGGGCAAGAAGCCGAAGCCCAGAUCAGCGAAGGAUCCGGGCAAGGACUGAUAGAAGCAGAUCACCUCUGAAUCGACCAAUAGAACAACCUACUCGAAGGGCUCAACAUAGUUCUUCACAGACUGUUGAUGCUGCCACUGUUGAUGAAGCAGAAGGUAGCUCUAGAACCAGGCAGCUUGUUACUGCAUACCUAAGUAAUUCCUCACCUGAGGCAGAGGGGAGCUCGAGAACUAGACAGCAUGUAACUUCCAGGCAACAAGCAUUGGCUACCGAAUCUCAGAAUCCCAGUGUGGUGCUUUCAAAUCCAGAGUCGAGAGCUUCUCCCCAGCCUCCUCCCACAGAGACAACAGAAAAUGCAGAAUCAACAGGCACCGGUCAAAGGCCACCAACCAUAGUUUUAGAUCUUCAGGUUAGGAGGGUACGUCCAGGCGAGUAUCGUCAAAGAGAUAGCAUUGCAAACCGGACACGCUCACGCUCUCAGACCCCUAACAAUACAGUUACUUAUGAGAGCGAAAGGGGAGGAUUCCGUCGCACUUUCUCACGGUCAGAGCGAGCUGGAGUCAGGACAUAUGUCAGUACUAUCAGAAUCCCAAUUCGUAGGAUACUAAACACAGGCCUGAGUGAGACCACCUCCGUUGCUAUCCAGACCAUGCUAAGGCAGAUAAUGACUGGUUUUGGGGAGCUCAGUUACUUCAUGUAUAGUGAUAAUGAUGCGGAGCCUGGUGCUCCUGCAGCUGCUUCUCAACCAGUAACAGUCGGUGUUGAAACCCAGAGCAAUGUUACAACAAAUGCCAGACCACCUCCAGCUGCUGCACCAGAGCCUGUAGAACCACCCAUCCCUGUUGUGGAAGCUGAUGAUGCUAAUGCAGAAAUUGUUUCGACCUCUGGGGGUCGGAGGGAAGUCCGUAAUAACAGGGGAUCUGUUACCUUUGAAGAAAGUGGAUCUCUGCCAUUUCUUAGGUUGGCCCAGUUUUUCUUGCUCAAUGAAGAUGAUGAUCAACCAAGGGGACUCACCAAAGAACAAAUUGACAACCUGUCAACCCGUAAUUAUGGUGAAAACGAUGCCCUGAAAACAUGCAGUGUAUGCAUAACUGAGUACACAGAAGGGAACAAGUUACGCAAGCUCCCUUGUUCACAUGAGUAUCAUGUCCACUGUAUCGAUCGCUGGCUUUCUGAAAACUCUACUUGUCCCAUCUGUCGCAGAGCUGUACUGGUGUCUGGCAACAGGGAAAGUGUUGUGUAAACAGGUUGCUAUAAACUGUCUACUAAGCAGCCACCAAUUAUAGGCUUGGAGAAAGAGAAUAAAGAAAAAUAUGGCCACUUUUUGAGUGGUGCUUUGAGUUGUUCUGUUAAAAUGAAACAUUUCUAAUUCUCCCUCACGAAACUCAAUGAUUCAUGUGAAAUGUGGUCCACAAGGUAAAACAACUUAAUGAAAGUGUUGCAUUUCCCUACGGAUGGAACAUCUACUUUGCAAGGAUGGCAUUCCUUACACCCCUGCUGGAGCAGAACCUAAAACAAAUGCUCAGUGCUGGAAUGAUGCCUAUGAAGAUCACCUUAGUACUUAGUUACUAGACUUUUCAAGCGGGAUCAUUGUGAGAAUCACUUGUAUUUUAAGUCAAGGUUUAAUUACAGGAUCAGCCUUAAAUAUAUCCAGUGGUACAUUUUAUGCUUAUUGUCUUUGCCUACAGAUCUCUUUUUUUGUAUGACAAUUUGUGCUGGUUAGACUUCCUUAAAUCCUCUGGCCAUAUGACAGCAUUGCCAGCGUAGCACAUACUUGUAAAUAGACACCAUUUAAUUUCUCACCUUGUGCUUUCCUGGGUUCUAAUUGCAUUAUGCAUGCGUUUAACCUAUGUCACCUAACUGCAGGGUUCUUGUCCCACACCCACCAGUGAGACUUGUAGCUUACUAUGUUCUAAAGUUAAUCUGAUCAUUACAUAAGUAAGGAUUGAGGAUUUUGUGCUGUCAUUUUAAAAACUUAAGGUAAUACUUUGGUAGAAAUACAUAUGACUUCCCAGCUAGCAUACACAAAAGCUGUAGGCCGCGGACAGCACUCUACUGCAAGACUCAGUUCAAGUUAAAAAUGAAAAACAUUGCAAGAGUUUUGGAUUUCUUUUCCUUGAAUAGUCUCUCUCAUGCUCAAGAUACACAAUACCACCCUUACACCAGGGCUUACAAUAACAUUGAGAUGACAGUAUUGGAAUAUGAAACACAUGGUGUUUGCAGACAUUCCACUAGGCUGUGGACAUUGCAGACUUUUCCAGAGCCUGACCCUAGUUGUUAGUUAAGGGAUGGAUGCAGCAUUUUUGGCCUUCAUCCAGCAGCUGUACCCAGACACCCUUCCACAGUGGUUGAUUUGCUCCUGCAACAUGGCAGUCAGGUAGGCAUUGUGUUAGAGCAGGCAUCUUCUGUGCUAAAGGAGAAGGAAAAGUAUUAGUUAUUGGUAUCCAAAUUCUUUGUGCUAAGCACUUAUAAGUUAUUGAGAGGGUAUUCUGUCAUAGUCCAUGCAGUGUUUUUUGUAAAUCAGUUUAUUACUUUGGUUUGUGUUGAAAGCAGGAGUUAAAUAUUCUUUUAAAUAUUUUAAAGUCCUUUUUUUCUUUUAGGUGUGACAGUUAAUUAGUUAGUGCCGCUCAGACCUUCAAAGUACCUGCCAUCUGGUAAAAUAUCAGCUCUCUUAACCAAGUUAGCUUUUAAUGCCAAUUGUCUUAUGUCUCUAGAACAGCUCUCUUCCUAUUCUGUUAAGGGUCUUCCUGCACUGUAGCAUGGAACGUUGAAUGCAUUUGUGCCUUGCAUUCUAGAUGUUACUCUGUGUGGUAGUAAAUAUUCACCUGGAUAAGAAUCAAGUACAUGACACAGCAUAGCUUUAUCUAACAAGUGACAACUUUUUUUUAUUUUCUUUAAACAAGGGUUUUCCUUUGCACAGAAUUUAUUCCUUUUUAUGUUUGUAUAUAAUUCCUUAACUUCUGGGGGGUGGGUUCAGGUAUUCUUAUUUGCAAAAGCUGCUGGAAAGUUAAAAAAUAAAAUCCUUCCAGCACUGAAGGUGAAAUGGCCACAGAGUGAUUCUAAAUGUAUGAGAAUAGUUUGAGGAAAACCCAAGGACAAAGUAUAAUGUGUAAACUCACUUUAGGAUUUUUGUAAAUAGACACUUGUCAGAUUUUUCUCAUUCUGUAUGUCUGAGGGCCCAUUUUAAUUGACAUACUGUAGAAAUUGCUGAUUUAGUUUCAAUUUGGAAUAUUUAUCUUGUGAAAUAUAACAAAUGUCUAUGCUUGUUGAAAUAAAAAAGAAACCCUUUCUUUAAUAUGUAUAGCUUUUUUUUUGUAGCAGCAGCUCCUCCAUCCUCCAGCCACUGUCCCUGCACAGUGUUUGUAAUGUGUAACAGACAAUCUGUCUGACAUGCCGUUUGCUCAUAAUUCACAUAUACACAUGGCUAUCUGCUUACAGAUUGCAUUUGCAAUUGUCUGACCGUGAAACAGGGGGCAUAGUUCUUGUUUUAAUAUGUGAAAUAUAAACCUGAGGCUGCUAACUUUGAAAUGAGAAUAAAAGUUUUAAACCUGAA